GGGGCUGCCCCGCAGAAAGGCCACUCCCUGGCCCCACAAUGCAUUGCGGGUCGCGUCACUCGGAGCGGCGGGUCCCGGCUCGGCAGGGUGGGAUUUGAACCAGUGGCUUACUUCGCGUUCCGUGGGGAUUUAAUGGGCAUUGAGCCCAGAGAUUUGCCCGCGUUCGCCAACAGAAACCUUUUAAGGCCCUGUUAAUGGCACUUUGGAAGCGAUGUGGCUUAAAGGAGACCUGAGCAAUUGGCUCGGCAGGUGGAAGAGGGCUCCGGAAUAGGAGGCCGAGCUCCAGCUGACUUGAAUCUCUCUGCCAGCGAAAACAGCUUUGGACUUUUCUCCGCCUUAGUUUCCUGGAUCAUCCGCUGGGGCGGUUGGAGAGCUUGAGAACCAGUGCCUCCUAUGCGUAUACAGCCAAGGCAAAGUCCGGGGCUAGAGUAUCAGUCAGCCACCAGACGGGAGAUGUUGUGAUCCCAGCUAACAGGUAUCCUCUGCUGGUUGAAAUGUCUAUGAUUUUAUCUGCGUCAGUCAUUCGUGUCAGAGAUGGGCUGCCGCUUUCUGCUUCUACUGACUAUGAACAAGGCACAGGCGUGCAGGAGUGCAGGAAGUAUUUUAAAAUGCUCUCGAAGAAACUUGCUCAGCUUCCUGAUAGAUGUACACUGAAAACUGGACGUUAUAACAUUAAUUUUAUUAGUUCUCUGGGAGUGAGCUACAUGAUGUUGUGCACUGAAAAUUACCCGAAUGUUCUGGCCUUCUCUUUCCUGGAUGAGCUUCAGAAGGAGUUCAUUACUACUUAUAACAUGAUGAAGACAAAUACUGCUGUCAGACCAUACUGUUUCAUUGAAUUUGAUAACUUCAUUCAGAGAACCAAGCAGCGAUAUAAUAAUCCCAGGUCUCUUUCAACAAAGAUAAAUCUGUCUGACAUGCAGAUGGAAAUCAAGCUGAGGCCCCCUUAUCAAAUUUCCAUGUGUGAACUGGGGUCGGCCAAUGGAGUCACAUCUGCAUUUUCUGUUGACUAUAAAGGUGCUGGUAAGAUUUCUUCUGCUCACCAGCGACUGGAACCAGCAACUCUGUCAGGGAUUGUGGCAUUUAUCCUCAGUCUUUUAUGUGGAGCUCUGAAUUUAAUUCGAGGUUUUCAUGCCAUAGAAAGUCUUUUGCAGAGUGAUGGUGAAGAUUUUAAUUACAUUGUUGCAUUUUUCCUUGGAACAGCAGCCUGCCUUUACCAGUGUUAUUUACUUGUCUACUACACCAGCUGGCGGAAUGUCAAAUCUUUUUUGACUUUUGGUUUAAUCUGUCUGUGCAACAUGUAUCUCUAUGAACUGCGCAACCUGUGGCAGCUUUUCUUUCAUGUGACUGUGGGGGCGUUUGUUACACUGCAGAUCUGGCUCAGGCAAGCCCAGGGCAAGGCUCCUGAUUAUGAUGUCUGACACCAUCCUUCAGACAUGUUGCCCUGGCUCCCGGGAAAAAAGGAAGAGGGAGCAUAUCUUAACUGCCACUGUGAUGAAGAAACUGCUCCCCACAUUCGAGAAGCUCUGCUUUCUUUCUGUCCAACUGUCCCGUUUGUUUUAAGUCAGCAUGGCGUGCCUGGGAGCGUGCAGUACCUGCUAGGCAGACUCCUCAUGUUAGCCGUGAGAUGAUGAUUCAGAGGAGGAGGAGACUUCCCUCUACAGGGCCACAACAGUAGAAGAACGGUCAGAAGCCAUCGGAAGAAUUGGCCAGCGGUCCGGAAUCCUUCUGAAGAGUUCGAUCAAAACGUGUGUGGUACAUGCUCUGAGGACCAAGCGGGAACUCUGCAGCCUGGGUUCGCCUUUGUGAGGCAUAAGUAGAGCCUAAAUAAAAAGAUGCCGUGGAGUUUAUGUUUCAGACAACUUGCUAAAUAUCCGAUUAUUUGCACAUUUCUGGUACUAGGAGUUUAUGAAGUCCAGGAUGGUGUGGAAUUGGUUCUUUUUCCUUUUAUAUUUUCGCUUGAAUCUAAUCUGGAAACCACUUGAUACAGGAGAAGGCUUUUUUGAGCUUAUCUCUAGAACAUCACAAGUAUUGAAAACACAGUAACAUAUGUUUCCUUUCUAGACCAUGUUUGUAGUUCCUUUUGAAAUUACUUUUUAAACAUGUGAUUUGUUAGAUUCUAUAGCCAUUGUGCCCCAUACUUCAACCACUUGAGUAUUACCUAUACUGUUAUUUCUUAGUAUUUAUCUUUUAAAUCUUCAAAUAGUUUAAAAAACAAACUAAUCUCUACUCUGAGAGGAAAACGAGCAUCAAUUUAGCAGGAAUAACUACAAAAUAAAACAAAAGAUGUUAUUAAAUUCUAACUAGAUCCCAAUGCCUCCUGAGGCUCUGAAUCCAAGAAGCCUGCUUGGUGCAGUGAGAUAGAGGUUACCCAGCACCAAAAUGGGGCGCUUUCUGUGGCAUUAUCAGAAGGAUAAAAUUGUAAAGGGAAUGACAUUUUCACUGUGAUUCUGUAUUACUUACUUCUGUGUUGUGUACCACCUUAAAUACUCUUGCGUGCUACCAGUGGUGUGGGUCCUGCUCUGUGGAAACACUGAACUAUGCUGAGAGAAUCAGAAGGUAACUUAUUCCAGCAGCUCUUACUAUUUUGUGGCUUUGAGGAGUUCAGCUCCUAGUAGUAUCUUUUAGAGAAUUUGUUUGCUUUUUGAUAACAUUAUAAAGGUUGUUCAAGCAGUUAUGAAUUGAUAAUAUAGGAAGCACAGUUUGAUUCCAUUAGCAAAAUCUGCAACUCUCCUGGUUUUGGAAGGUACCUUCAUUAAUGAUUUUCUUUUGUUUUGAAAGAAAAGAUUCCAAGCAAAGUAUAUAUAAGGUACUAAAAUUUGAUAUCCAGAAGACAGUGAACCCAUUAUGUAUAAUUCAUGUUACUAAGUGUAUUUAUUAAGCAGAGGAAUCCAGAGUGGUAAAGUCAUGGAACCACCACGUUUGCCUGAACCUGUAUAUGCAGAUACGUCUGCAACUGUAAAAUCUUGCUUAACUAGAACCUUUUAGGAGAAUGAGGCAAAAGGAAGACAAUAAGCUUGUAAUAUCAGUGAUUUAAUUAAAACGGGAAAUUCCAUUUCAGUUUUCUGACUCUAACAAAACCGCACAGAAAUUAUGUAUUUUCUGAGAACUGCCCCAAGAGAUAUACUACAUGAUCCUAAAUCAGCAAAAUAAAGUUGAUUUAUGUUUGACAUUUUGUACUUACUGAGCCAGGAGAGUGAAGUGGUUCAGUUUAGAAAAAUUUUUCUGAACUAAUGGUUAAAACAGGAAGAGUUUUCUUGUAAAUAUCCAGUUAACCAAGAAGUUGGAGCAUUCUGCGAUUUUGCUAUAUACUGAUACUUUAUAGCUCUCUUACCAGUUGGUUCAGUUUGGUUCUCCAUAUUCCUGAAUUAUUGAAUUAUAGUGUUUGGUGUUUGGAUCAUUCAGCAAGGACACUUUAAAACUCACCAGCUGUCUUUAAAGGCUUAAUUUGUUUUUUGUUUUUGUUGUUUUUUCACCGCUAUUUUGGAUAAUGGGAUGUUUACAUCUUAGUGUAAAAAAUGAAAAUAGGCAUAAAUAAUGUUUAUGUAUAGAAAUGCUUUCUUUCAUUAUUUGGUGUCUGCAUCGCUGAGUGUUUAUAUGACUUCUCUGCCUCUAUCAUGUUGUUGCCAAAGAAACUAUUAUGAAUUUGGAAUGAAAAAUUUUUGCCAUGAGUGUAAAGUUCUUAAGCUCAUUAGGCUUCUAAUAUGUAUGUAUGAUAGUAAUAUCUUCCAUUUAUACUAUACUUUUAAGAACAAGUCUGCAUUUACCUAAUUAUAAUGAGUUUUGUAGUGUAGGAGAAUUAGUUGCCUUUUUUUUUUUUUUAAGAUUUUAUUUAUUUAUUUGACAGAGACAGACACAGCGAGAGAGGGAACCCAAGCAGGGGGAGUGGGAGAGGGAGAAGCAGGCUCUCCACCGAGCAGGGAGCCCGAUGCGGGGCUCGAUCCCAGGACCCUGGGAUCAUGACCCAAGCCGAAGGCAGACCCUUAACAACUGAGCCACCCAAGCCCCAGUUGCUUUCUUGUCACAUGUUAAUGACUUAUCUAGGGCCACAGAGCUAAGCACAUGCAACUUCUUAUCCCUUAGCUUUGGGGCUCUUCCCCACCAGAGUGGGAACUGAUGAAGAUAACUAAGGUUGUACUCAGGGAAUAGGUCUGUUCUUGGUAAAAUCAGGGAACUGGGGACUUAAUGAGCUCAGGCCUGGUAGUGUCAAACCUCGGGGUCUAUUAAGGUAAUUCAGAAAUACUGCUUUUUUAUUAAGGUGUGCUGUGAAGGCAUAGAUGCUGUCUUUUAUAUCCUAAAAAUAAUUACAAUAUUUGCUUGCUUUUUUGGUCUGUA